AUGGAUAAAUGCUGGUUCGUUCUCAAGCAAGUUCAUUACCCACCUCCUGAUCUUCCCGAAACUGGUAUUGGCACUGCGAAUGGGUCCAUUUCCUUAGGACAUAUCAUUCCGGAUCCUGUUAACCUGGAUGGUGUCAUCAACCGGAGCGAAGAAGGCAUUACAUUCACAUCUACCGCCAGAAUCCAGCAUACCAGAACAGUGUGUAACUGGAACAAUGUAAAUGACCUGGAAGCUGGACUAUCCUCGAAUAUUAAAGUGUCUAUGGGAACCGGGGUUCCAGUUUCUACUGCUCUGCAGACUAAACUUGCUUUUAAGCGCACUAGGAAGAACCACGAAUCGUUUGAUUUUCUAGAUUGCUAUAUUGUUGAUGUCGACCGGAAGUUUAUCAGCAGGAUUCUUGAGCAAGAGGAAGUAUCCGCGCAUAUCGAACGGAUUAAAGGCGUUCAGCUGUUAGGGAUCGGCGGCCGAUGGAGCAUCUGGAUGAUUACAGGUAUCAUUGUUGCAAGAGGCGCCAAAAGAGAAUACGGAGACAGCCGCAAAAUAGAGGCGAGAACAUCGGCCAGUGCUGUGGCGGCGAACUUUGCGAGCAAAAAGGGCACCUCUAUGCUGAUAAAGGAGUCGAGCGACUACGUUUGGGCUGUAAGGCUCACGAAAAUCUGGAAAGCCGCCACGGAGAAGGAUUGGGACUUCAGAACUGUGGAGAAAGGAUCUACUUUCUCGAUGAAUGACGAGAAG